AUGUUUGCCGCUAAGAUAGCAGGUCUUGUAGGCCUUUUGGCAGGUCUAGUAGCCGCUCAGACAACCACACUCCAAGCCGAGUCGGCCACACUGUCUGGUGUUACCGUUGCCACUGCUAUUGCUGGAUACACCGGCACCGGCUAUGUCGAAGGCUUCGACGAGGCCACAGACAAGAUAACCUUCACCGUCCCAUCAACAGCCCAACAACUCUACGACCUCAAACUCGUAUACAACGGUCCAUACGGCGACAAAUAUACCUACGUCGUCCUCAAUAGCGCGGGCGGCUCCCAAGUCUCGCUCCCUGCAACAACGGCAUGGACCACCGUGUCGGCCGGCCAGGUGCUUCUCGAUGUAGGCAACAACACCAUCGAGAUCCAGAACAACUGGGGCUGGUACCUGAUCGACUCCAUCAUCCUCUCGCCCAGCCCAACGCGAGGCGCACACAGAAUCACCACGCAGCCAGUAUCCCCCAAUGCUAACGCCGACGCGCGCGCACUGCUCAAGUACCUGGGCAGUAUUUACGGCAAAAAUAUCCUCUCUGGGCAGCAAGAUCAAGCGUCUCUCGACUGGGUGACUGCGAAUGUGGGCAAGACGCCUGCUAUCUUGGGGCUCGAUUUGAUGGAUUACACCGAGAGUCGCAUCUCGCGCGGUGCAUCGUCCACCGAUGUCGACAAAGCCAUCGCGUUCAAUAAAAGAGGCGGUAUCGUGACGUUUGUGUGGCAUUGGGGUGCGCCAACGGGUCUGUACGAUAAUGCGACACAGCCGUGGUGGUCUGGUUUCUACACUGUGGCGACGGACUUCAACAUCGAGACGGCGCUAAAGGACACCACAAACGCGAACUACACGCUGCUGAUCAAAGAUAUCGACACCAUUGCCGUGCAGCUCAAGAAACUGCAGGACAACGGUGUGCCGGUGCUGUGGAGGCCGCUGCACGAGGCCGAAGGAAAGUGGUUCUGGUGGGGCGCUCAAGGCCCCGAACCCGCGAAGAAGUUAUACAAGAUCGUCUUUGACCGCCUGACGCGCAUCCACAAGCUCAAGAACCUGAUCUGGGUGUGGAAUUCGGUCGAUCCCGCUUGGUAUCCGGGCAACUCGUACGUCGACAUUGUCAGCGCGGACACCUACGCCCAAGGUGACCAUGGGCCCAUCAGUGCGACAUACAACAACCUCCUCACACUCACCGGAGACACGAAGAUCAUCGCCGCCACGGAAAUCGGAAGCGUGAUGGAGCCGAGCUUGCUGAAGGCGUAUCAGGCGGAUUGGGCGUGGUUCGUGGUCUGGAGUGGCGACUUUAUCAGCGCUGGCGUGUGGAACUCGCUGGACCUGCUGAAGAGAAUUUACAACGAUGCGUAUGUGCUCACGCUCGAUGAGAUCCAGGGGUGGCGGACCAAGUAA